GCGCGCAUGCGCACUCCCGCGGCUCUCCCUCUCCUGCUGUUGCUUCUGCUCCCAGCAGCCGUGGUUGCUGUGGUACCGGGCGGAGUGCAGGAGGCGGAAACCCUCUGGACAGACACCGGGAAAGCCGCUCCUUGACUCUGGGGAGGUAACAGCUCGUACGGGCAUGAGGGACCGGCUGACCGAGCUGUCAGCGGCUAAAGGACAUGAUGAAGAUGGCGACACCGUGGUUAUUAUGCAAAAGGAACAGUUUAUGGAUGACUUCUUCCUUCAGGUAGAAGAAAUAAGAAACAGCAUUGCUAAAAUAUCUGAAAAUGUAGAAGAGGUGAAAAAGAAACACAGCACAAUUUUAUCUGCUCCAAACCCUGAAGACAAAACCAAGGAUGAACUUGAAAGUCUCAACAAAGAAAUCAAGAAUAUCGCCAAUAAAGUUCGGACAAAAUUAAAGUCUAUUGAGAAUACUUUUGACCAAGGUGAUCAUGUCAACAGAUCCUCUGUGAAUUUAAGAAUAAGAAAGACUCAGCAUACAGUAUUAUCCAGAAAAUUUGGGGAGGUUAUGACGGAAUACAAUGAAACACAGAUUCACUUUCGAGAGCGCAGUAAAGGACGGAUACAGCGUCAGCUAGAAAUAACUGGAAAAACGACUACAGAUGAUGAACUGGAAGAGAUGCUGGAGAGUAGGAACCCAGCGAUUUUCACUUCGGAUAUCAUUUCAGAUUCCCAGAUCACAAGGCAGGCUCUGAAUGAGAUUGAAUCACGACACAAGGAUAUCAUACAGCUGGAAUCUAGCAUACGGGAGUUACAUGACAUGUUUAUGGACAUUGCUAUGUUAGUGGAGACUCAGGGUGAAAUGAUAAACAACAUAGAGAAGAAUGUUGAAAAUGCUACCGAUUAUAUUGAACAUGCCAAAGAAGAAACAAAGAAGGCAGUAAAGUAUCAGAGCAAAUCACGCAGGAAACAAUGGAUCAUUGGGAUUUUAGUGCUGGUGGCGGCUGGCAUAAUUGCCUUGAUUAUUGGUUUGUCAGUUGGCCUUAAAUGA